AUGUCCGUGGCUUUUUUUGGUUCCCCAACCGUAUGUGAGCAAAUUAUUCCUCUUCCCCAUCGAACCAUACUACUACUAGUUGGGCAAGAACAUGCCGGCGAGCUCUGCCCCGUCCCGUCGAGCCUCGGCCCGGCAGCCUCCAUCCCCACCCCCGCCCCGGGACCUCCGCCCCCACCCCGCUACCUCCCGGCGAGCUCCGCCGCGCCACGGGUCGCCAAGGCACGGCGACCUCCGCCCCGCCAUGCCCUCGGCGAGCUCCACGCGUUCCCGUCUCGCCACGCCACGGCGCGCCCCGGCCCGUGUCCGCCCGCGUCGACCUCGCCCCGGCGAGAGAAGGUCCCGCCCGCGUCGACCUCCGCCACCGCUCGUGCGUGCCCGCUCGUGGCCGACGCAGCCGGUGCCGCCUCACCCGUGCCCGUGGCCGCGCGUGGCCGACGCGGCCGGCGCCCCGCCCAUGCCUCGCGCGUCCCCGUCCAUGCUCGCACGCCGUCGCGCGGCGAGCUCCGCCCACGGCGGCGUCCCGUUCCCGCCGGCCUCCUCCCCGGCCGGGCGAGCUCCUCAAGCCGGAGCGCCGCACCGCACGGUGGCGUGGUGGCCCCGGCGGCGAGGCGUGGUGGCCCUUGGAGGCGCGCGGUGGCGUGCAAGCCUGCGGCGGCGAGGCGUGGUGGCCCCGGCGGCGAGGAGCGGCCGGCGCCCGCGCAGCCGUGGAGCGACGCGACCGGCGCCCGCGCAUCCCGGCGUGGAGGAGCGACAGGGCCGGCGCCGCGCGCGGCGUGGCGGGGCUCCGGCGCCCUUGGCCGUGGCGCGACGCGGCCGGCGUGGCGGGGCUCGGGCGCCCUUGGCCGUGGCUCAUGCGCCCCGCGAGCGAGCCCCGCCCGUGGCCGACGCGGCGAGCCCCGCCCGUGCGCGCGCCGCGUUGCGGCGAGCGCCGCCCCGCCGUGCCCGGCCAUGGCCGUCCCCGCCCGUGCCCGCUGCGGCCAGCUCCGCCCUGCCCCGGCGACCUCCGCCCCACCCACGCCCGCGCCCGUCGCGUCGAGCGCCGACCCCGCCCAUGGCCGACGCGGCGAGCCCCGCCCAUGA